UUGGAGCCACCACUAACAACGUUUAAUGGGUUCGGACAAUCUCCGAGCUCCGACGAGCAUAUUGCUCUGUUUGGAGAUUCGAAGGUCGUUAAUGGCGGUUCUUCGAUCCAGCUCACUGACUCAAUGAGUCGGAGCGAGGGGCGAGUCUUUUACAGGAAACCCAUCCAGCUGUUUGGCGGUGAAGGGAGAAAUUCAGGUUCUUUUUCGACUCAUUUCUCGUUUUCGAUGUCCAACAAGACCGGUGGUGCAUUGGCUUUUGUUAUGGUUCCGAGUGGUCUGGAUCUCAGGUUGUUUGGUCGUAAGGAUAAUAGCUCUUCGGGUCUAGGGUUUCUCUUACAAUAUGAACAGGCUGAGACCCGAGUUGUUGCUGUUGAAUUUAGUACCUCCAUGAAAGGUCGCCGUGCAGGAAUUGUAGUGGGUGGCCCCAAAUCAGCUAAAGUCGGAAACUUGUCAUCUUUCCGUAACUUCCUAUGGAACAAUGGAGAAAAGUUGCAUUGUUGGAUUGAUUACGAGGCAAGUUUGAAGAGAAUUGAAGUUAGUAUGAUGAAAUCGGACACAAAGCCAGCUGAUCCAUUGAUCUCUUACUCAAUCGAGCUGGCGAAACUGUGGAAAGAUGGGAAAUUUAUGGUGGGUUUAGGCUCCACCAACGGGAAUUCUUCUCAGCCGCAUUUUCUCUAUUCGUGGAUCUUUAACAUAAGGCAUCCUGCCCCCGCCUGGAUGCAUUCUCAGCCGCUUGAUCCAAAUGAAGUUUCGAAGACCGAAAGGGAGGGCGUAGUGGAAAAGCCGACGCAUGUUCACAGGAAAGGUAGCUGUGUUUGGAAAAUGCUUACUGCAUUGAUCCUGGGCUCAGUCUGUGGCACCUUUGGAGCAAUGCUGGCAUUGUAUCUAUGGACCAUAUGUGGCGGAAGGCGGCCAAUGGCUGUGGCUCCUGUGGAAUGUACGGCAAAAUCGGUGGAAGCCAUGGUUGCAGACAAAGAAGAAGAAGAAGGCAACAAGUGAAGUAGAUUGAGGAGAUUUGGUUCAGAAGGGUGUUUGGUAUAUUGUGUUGUGUUGUAGUGUAAAUGUAAGCGCUCGUUUUUUCCGGGUUUUGAUGUUUCUUUUUUCUUAGUUGCAGGUUCUGUGAUAUGAGUUUUGAUAUGUAAAAUCAAAUUGUGUAAAUGUAGUUUGUCGAUCUCGCAGCAUAUUAGC